CAGCCUACCAAGCUGAAAGCCAGCUAAGGAUCUCCUUACAAAUUAUGGUCACACAGUGACGCACAUUGCAGUAAUGCUGCUGGCUUUCUGAAAUGGACAUCCUGAGCUAGCUCUCAACUCUGGAGUGUAGGAGUAGUCACCCCAGCUUGGAGUUCAGCCUCAACUCUCAAAUCCAUGAAACAAGACCAAAUAAUUAAGCAGCCAGACUGGUGAAAUUAUUGCAAAUUGUGUAGUCAUGGUAACAAGAAGUCUUGCCCUUGCUACCAAGGAUACACAGUUCUCAAUAUCUGAACCAAAUAGAUCACAGCUAAGCAAAAGUAAUUUGUGCUUGACUCCUUUAAUAUCAAAUUACUAUCCUAAGCAUUUGGAAAGAGAGCUUGUCCGGACACUUGGCACCUGCGUCCUGUGGAUGGAUGGAAAACCAAUUAGUGAAGAAAAUAGCUAUCUACUACCCUUUUCUAAGGGCCUUAAACUCUCCAAAGGCCAGCAGCUCACCACAGACACCUGGCUUUUCACAUUACCCUUCCAACCACCACUUUUUCCACGAGAGCCUUACUUUUUCUUCAGCUAAUGAACAAGAAAGUGGAAAGAUUGCUCAAAGUUUGUCUCUUAAAAUCUAGGUGUUUCAAACUAAGCACACAGAUUUUAGUAUGAGCAACAACCACAACCAUACAGUCAUUAAUGGGAUUCUCAUCAUGCCCAGUAUUCCUUCUGGGCUUGAAAUUCAUUCUGAACUACCUUCCAUAACUUCCUUCUAGAUAAUGAGUUGAACAAAGCCACACCUAUUUCUCCAGAACCAAAAACUUUCCUCAUUCUGAUAACAUCUAAAGCAUGAGGUCACAUUGCGGAAACCUCAUUGGACUUAUUCUUGUAUGUUCAGUUUACUCAAAGACUGAUAUCAGAAGCUUCCUCUCUAUAUAAGAUCUUGGAUAAGAUCAACUUUCUACAGGCUGUCUCACUACUGGAAGCCUCAUAAUUCUGCAAGAAUGAAAACCUUCUUGGCCUGCCUUCUUGUUCUUUCUGUUAGUGUGACAUUGUCCAAUGCAUCCUGCUACUUUCAGCCAAUAAAGCCAGUGAAGCGUGGUGAUGAGAUUAUAGGCAGCUAUGACAUGAAGGGAGUGCCACAUGAAUUCAAUACACAUUGGAAGACUGAAGACUGCUUAGACUGCUCCUGUUAUAAGUCUGGGAUCAGCUGCUGCACCAGCUAUGCAAUACCAGUUAACUUUGAUGAAGAGAAAUGCGUACGCAUAUUCGACAAUACUGCCUGCGCUUAUAAAGUGGUGGAGAAAGCCGAUCACUCAAAAAAAUGUGAAGUAUAUGCGUCGGUGCUGUAACAAAGGAGAGCCAUCGAUCAGGGGGAAAUAUCUGCUUUUCAUUUCAAGGGUUCUCUCUCACAAAUUUAAAAAAGCUGAAGAACACAACCAUAGAGUAAAGUCAACUCAGAAGCUUCCCAGAAGUGAGAAAAAAAA